AUGAUUGGUAUUGGUGCAUGCCUAGUGAUGUUUAUGGAAGCAUGGAAAACAUCUAGCUGGCGAAAAUCGUUUCCAAUGUUGAUUGACGCCGGUGUGUCAACAAUCGAAGAGCUUCUAGCAACGCCCCCUGAAACAUUGAAGCAAUUAUCUAUUCCGCCAGUACCACUGGAACGUCUUAUAAAACUCAAACAAAAUUUGAAUCAAAUGCGAAUACAAACAAAUAAUUGCUUUUUACAACCACUUCAUCAAAAUCAAAUUUUCGAUAAAUUUGAAUUUGUACCACAAUUUACAUAUGAACAAUAUUUGGCAGAUAUUGAAAUGAGCGAUAAAACGAAAGAAAUUGAACAAGCUAUCAACAAAGUCAUUGAUGUCGGUCCCGAUCCAAUGACGAAACAACAACAACAGCUGUAUUCAUUGCUCUGUAUUGUCAAGAGCCAUCGAACUCGCGUAACUCGUUUUAUUGUUUAG